AACCUACUUGUGCCUGAAGAUUUAAGUUCCUGCGUAGUUAUCGAUACAGCCAAAGACUGAAGACAUUUAAGCAGGAAAAAUUCUCUGUUCUCAUUGGCCAUGGAUAAAAUGAAAGAUUUGAGUCUGAAAGAAACAAUUAUGCGAUCUGAGUUAGUUGAAGUGGAAGGUGUUGCCAUCACACAACCAAUUGCCAGCAUUUGGGACCAAGUGUGGAAGUUCAAAGCCAGGCCUGAUGAUGUGCUCAUCGCAACCUAUGCAAAAGCAGGUACUACAUGGACACAGGAGAUAGUGGAUAUGGUUCAACACAACGGAGAUACUGAGAAGUGCAGACGUGAGACUACUUACAAACGUCACCCUUUCCUUGAGUGGUUUAUUCCAGAGCCUCCGUCUUUUCGUUACUCAGGUGUGGAGUUAGCUGAAGCCAUGCCAUCUCCACGAACAAUGAAAACUCAUCUGCCCGUGCAGCUGGUGCCUCCAUCCUUCUGGGAGCAAAACUGUAAGAUAAUCUACGUGGCAAGAAAUGCAAAAGACAACCUGGUGUCAUACUACCAUUUCCACAGAAUGAAUAAAGCAUUGCCUGAUCCAGGAACCUGGGAGGAGUUUGUGGAGAAAUUCAUGACUGGAAAAGUCCUCUGGGGUUCCUGGUAUGACCACGUAAAAGGAUGGUGGAAGGCAAAAGAUAAGCACCGUAUUCUUUAUCUCUUCUAUGAAGAUAUGAAGGAGAAUCCAAAGCGAGAAAUUCAGAAGAUUGCAAAGUUCCUGGAGAAGGAUCUGAGUGAGGAAAUUCUAAACAAAAUAGUCCACAAUACCUCAUUUGAGGUAAUGAAGGAAAAUCCCAUGGCAAACUACACUAAAGACUUUCAAGGAAUAAUGGAUCACUCAGUUUCCCCAUUCAUGAGAAAAGGGACUGUUGCAGACUGGAAGAAUUAUUUCACUGUGGCACAGAAUGAGAAAUUUGAUGAAGAUUACAAGAAGAAGAUGUCUGAUACCUCUCUUGUUUUUCGUGCAGAAUUGUAAUUGCUUGCAAUGGAAAUUAAGAUCUUCAGCCUUUUCCAUGUUAUAUAUUUUGGCUUUUCCUUCACAAAAUGCCAGUGUCCCUAUGAUUCUAAGAUCUCUCACACAUCACUAAUUUUUCAUUACUGGGAGAGUGCCCACAUUAUGCCAAAGUUUAAGUCUCCCUGAAGAAAAUAAUUCCACUGGACACUUCUCAGUCACCCCUAUCACAAUAACUUUCAGCAUAAAUAAAAAUAUUUCAGACACGCUGUGGGUUUUGAUCUUCGUAAAACUGCAGUGGAUAUUGCUGGCAUUUUCAAAUCAAACUCUAACAGAAACUUGGAGCCAAUAGGAAAAAGGGUGUUAAAAGAGUGUCACAGGUUGUAUGAACAUUAAUCAAUAAAUAACAAUAUACAGAUUUAAAGGUGGUCAAGUAUAAAGAGAAG